AUGCUUUCUCCCGCAUCUUUGAAGGAUCUCUCCAAGGCAAUCCAUGCCUUUCUCUCGCAGCCGGCGCUGCCCCUGCCCGACCCCUUACUCGGUGUCGUCGCCGGCUAUCUUCAACGGCAUGAAAAGCACGAUGACGCCGCCUCAGGCCGUCUCCAAGAGGAGCUAUUGGCUAUAUUUGACAAACACGUCAAAGGCAAUGCCGCCGCGUUGGGCCCGUGGAUAGCCGUACUGCGGCGGCUUUUGCCGGCGUUGAAGACUCCCGAUCGGAUUCUCCCGUGGUUCGAUACUUACAAAGGUCUUCUGGACAGCGCGGGCGUCGACAAACUCGUCGUAGACGAAGCCGUUGCCGCCCUGGUAGACGUGGUUACCGUCACCGACACAUGCCACACCACGUCUCCAGACUUGGCCACAAACCCCAUCAUCGAUCGACUCUUGUCCAUAUGGAUGACUCGACUCUACCCCUCCCUGGCCGAGGGAAACACGAGCCACGAAUACAAUGAAAGAUUGGUCCGGCAGGCUUUGAAAAGUUUUGGCAAGAAGAGGCCAAAGGCGCUCUUCACGUCCAUGAACGGUUGCUUCGUCAAGAAGUCGUUUCGCCAUGCGACUCUGAGGUUCUUCUGCGACUUCAUUCAGGACCAGCCUCCCCAUCUGCAUCAGGUCCUGCACACCUCCAUCUUCAGCAACCUGCUCGCGUGUCUUCAGCAUGACACAUCGACGACAGUCGUCUCCUCGGCUCUGACUGUCCUCAUCAUGCUCCUCCCUCACAUGCCCAGCUCUCUCGUCCCGCAUCUGCCGACGCUUUUUAACAUAUAUGCCCGCUUACUGUUCUGGGAUCGAGAAAGGUCGAGGGCCGCCGGCGCCCUCUCGGAUGACGCCGAUCAACAAUCUCGGGGCUGGGACGUAUGCGCCUACGACCCCGAAAUCGAUGACUUUUCAGUACCGCAACUUUCCAACUACUAUACUAUUCUGUACGGCUUGUAUCCCAUCAACUUCAUGGAUUACAUCCGCAAGCCGCAGCGUUACUUGCGCCACGCAAACAUGUCUAGCCCCGACGAGAUCGAGGUUCAGCCCACCGAGAUUAGGCAUCGGUCCGAGCGCUUCAGGCGCUGCCAUUUGCUGCACCCCAACUUUUACACAUUGACUAUUGACUCAGAAAAGACAGAUUUCGGCCGCUGGAUCAAAAGCGAGGCGGCCGAGGUCUUGGUCGAUUGCACGGGGCUCUGUCGAGCUGCGGACCAUCUCGACUGCGCCAGUCGAGAGGCAUUGCCACCUAUACCUGGCGCUGAUGUCGCUGCCGUCGAUGACAGGCUCGUCAAGGACGUGUCUAGGUCGACGCUGCCGGCCGACACCACAAGCAAGCGGGACAGCUGGCGGAACUCUCAGCUCACUACGGACUCGGAGACGAGCAAUGUCACGCCGCUGUUGACAAGGCGUCGCGCCUCUCAUUCGAGCCAGCCUUCUGGCAGGCAUGGCGGAGAACAGGGUCCGCCGUCGGGGCGGGCCACAGACAGUCCAACGAUUCCAGCACAGUUGACACAGUCUCUAUCCCAGACUCAGCUGCAAGAUUUGAUUAACUCUAACAAGGUCAUCAAGUCGGGUCUGCAUCAGUCUCUGGCGAACGACAGCGUCCCGUCUCUAUCACUGAGCCACCAGGAGUCUAUGGCCGACAGACCUGCGGCUGCUGCUCAAUCCGUCGUGGCGCCGCCGCUAUCAGCGAGCUCGCUUCUAUGCGCGACGGCGCUGGGCACUCAAGUGGCGCAUCUACAGCGGCGAGUUCUCGUGUUGGAGAAUGACCUGAGUUUCGAAAGGUAUGUCAAGCAACAGCACAUGGCCCACAUAGGCGAGCUGCGGCGCCGGCAGGUGGUGGAGGCCGCCACGGAGGCCGAGACGCAGAAUCUGGUCAUGAUGAAUCGCAACCUCAAGAGCCGCUUCGAGGAAGCCAAAAAGGCCGAGAGGCAGGUUCGAAAAGAGUCGGAGAAGGGCCGGGCCUUGGCCAAGAAGUGGGAAUCGGAUCUGGCCAGCAAGCUCAAGCACCUGCGGGACGAAUCGAAGAAGGCCUCUGCUGAGCUAGGCGCCCUCGGGCGAGAGCUGGAGGAGUCCAAGCAAGAGUGCGAAAAGCUGCGCAAGCUUGUCUGCGAAGCCGAGGUCAAGGAGCUCAACUGGAAGCAGAGCAUGCAGUCAAUCGAGAUACAGGGGGCAGAGAUGGCCCGGCUGAGGGCCCAAGUCCAAGAGCUGACCAAAUCGGAGCACGACCAUCAGGUGCGGGAUAUGGAGUGGAAGGCGGCACUGAGCUCAGCACAGGCGGCCGAGGCGCAGGUGGAAAUGAUGAAGAAAGGACUGGCGGCGCAGGAACACGACGCCGAGCGAACAAGAAGUCUGCUGCAAGCCCAGGUGAGAGAGCUCCAAGCACAGCUCGCAGACACCCAGGAGGAAAAGGAACGGCCGGGGUCCAACUCGAAUCUGGUGAUUGAGAGCGCCUUUGCGGCAAGCCGAGCCAAGCAGGCCGAGUUGCAGAGGCAAUACAACCUGCUCAUGCGCAAGUAUACGGCCCUGCAGUCAUCACUGCUGGACAUGCAAUCGGAGACGUUGGCGGAAUCCGCCGGGGCGCAGGAACCGCAGGCGCCGAGCGGCGACUGCUGGUCCAUGUCUCCCGCCAGUCCGGCGGUGGUGAUGGCCCGGUCGCACCUGUCCGUAUCCGACGCCGAAGGCACGGCAUACAACGUGACGCCGCCGUUGGCAUCGCACCCGGGCACACCUACUUCGGCAGAGCUUGAGCGACGGGGGAGCGCUCCAGAGGGAUUCGGUGCGGGCCCAGUGCCCCUCGGCACCGGUGACGCUCGACACUUUGGCAGUGGGUUUCCGAGCCGGGCUCGAAAGGACGGCCGGGACAAGGGCGGCAGGGAGGAAGCAAAUGUUAACUCGAGCAAGCCAAAGAAGGAAAAGAAGUCGUCGGGCCUGAGGGGCAUCAGGGGAUUUGUGUGA